AUGGAUGACUUCAUUUCCACCCUUGGUUUCCGGGCAACACGUGAGCUUAAAUGGGAGAGGGGUUAUUACCACAACGACCACGACCACGACCACGACCACGACCACGACCACGACCACGACCACGACCACGACCACGACCACGACCAUGCCCACGUCCACAAGGGAUAUUCAGGCAAUAAUGGUAAAGUGAAAGAGGGAAGGAAAGUCAGGGAUGCAUACUUGGUCGGGGACUGGCCCCCUCGAUCAAUCAUGCCUGGGCGUGGUGGUGUGAUGUGUGCGCUGAUACCUCCCCUGGCCUGCUCCGGUACCUUCUGCGACAAGCUCCGCCCGGGUCUGGAGAUUCUCCAGAAUGUCAAUCCGAGGUCGAUCGUAUGGUGA